CCUACUAACACUACUCCAUCCCACCCAUUUUCUUAUUCAGAAAGUAAGUAAUGCUUGGCGGUUUUGGAAUCUCUACGAUACUGACAUGUCAUUAUUCUUAUCGUAGAUGGCAUUUUAUCAUUUGUUCUGUCAAAUUUCAUAACAUUCAUCUUAAUGUUUUAUUAUUAAGUUUUUUUUUUAAAGUAUCCUUCCAUAAUAUCCAAAAUUACAAGUAAACUUGCCAACCUAUGGAAAUUGGCAUUCAGCCCCAAAUAUUUAGCGUACACCAAUGUGGUGAUGUCAACGAGUCUCUCAGCAGUGAGUGACAUAGCAGAACAGAACAUUGAAAUUUGGGAAGGCAAGAUAGAAAAAUGGGACAGCAGAAGGACAGUGAACAUUGCAAUCACGGGGCUGGUAACGUCCAUUAUAAGUCAUAAUUGGUACCAGUUUAUUGACCACAUGAUACCUGGCAAAACGAUGCGCGAUGUCAUAGCAAAGGUGGCGUGCGACCAAACGAUCGGUGCACCUAUAAAUAUUACAUCCUUUAUCGUUUGCGUAGACUUGCUGGAUGGUAAAACGUUUAACAAAAUAUUGGAGACGUUCCCAGACAAAGCUGUACAACUGUUUAUCGCCGAUUGUGCCGUUUGGCCCGUUGCGCAAACUAUUAACUUCUACUUUGUACCUUCCAACUACAGAUUGAUCUACUCUACCGUUAUCUCCAUGUUUUUCGACGCCUACUGUUCACGAAUCAACUAUUCCAAUUAAUUAAGCCGGUGACGUUUUUAUUAGAAGUGUACAAUAAAUAGGAAAAAUAUACGUAUGAAUAAAACAAUGAA